CAAGUGAAUGGUGGCAGAGGAAAAGUCUCGUUGCUGCUGCCUGGGUGUCCGUGCGUCGUCGUUUUCUCGUUUAUAAUCGGGCCGCUCCGGCUACACCUCAGUACGUCGAUUGUCCGACACAGAGCUCCUGUGUGCUGGUGCGAAAUUCAGCGACGGGUCGCGGCUUCAGUGUCGCCGCAGCAAAGAGGGAGGCGUCCGCGAGCACUCCGUGUUGAGCUCGUUCGCUGGUCGCCGCCGUCGAAAAUGUUGAACUAAACCCAGACACGGAUAACUCCGGGCGUGCAGGAAGAUGCCGUUUCUCGGGGCGAGUUCUGCGUUCCAGCAGGAUGUCGAGAAGGCCACGAGCGAGCGCAACACGAGCGAGGACUGGGCCCUCAUCCUGGACAUCUGUGACCGGGUGGGUGCCGUCCCAGGAGGCCCCAAGGACUGCCUGCAGUGCAUCAUGCGACGCAUGAACCACACCAUUCCACAGGUGGCCCUGCAGGCGCUCACGUUGCUGGAUGCCUGUGUAAAAAACUGUGGCAAGAUCUUUCACUUGGAGGUGUGUUCUCGAGAGUUUGAGUCUGAGUGCAAGAAGCUUCUUUCCAAGGGCCACCCACGGGUGGUGGAGAAGAUGAAAGGCUUGCUGAAGAAGUGGGCCCAGGAAGACUUCAGCAAGGACCCCCAGCUCAGCCUCAUUCCAUCUCUCUAUUCCAAACUCAAAGGGGAUGGUGUCGACUUUGGGUCUGAGGGAACGCAAAGCCCUCUUGCAACACACAUUUCUCAAUCGGACUCGCAGCCAUCAGAGCAGUUGGUGUCUCGUGCUUCCACCAAGCAGCAGCAGCAAGAAGAGCAGGACUUGGCCCGAGCGAUUGAGCUGUCGCUGAGGGACUCUCCACCAAAGAGUAGUGGUGGUGGUGGAGGGGGAGGAGGAGUCGGGCUGUAUCCACGUGCCCCAUCGCCUAUUUCGGCUGCGCUGGCACCCGAGGGCAACUCUUCAGCCUUGGUGGAAGGGGCGCCACGUGAGCCGCGCAAGGUGCGUGCGUUGUACGACUUUGAAGCAGCCGAGGACAACGAGAUCACCUUCAAGGCGGGCGAGCUGUUGCUCGUGCUCGAUGACAGUGAUCCCAACUGGUGGAAGGGCUCCAACCACCGAGGAGAGGGCCUUUUCCCUGCAAACUUUGUCACUGCGGACCUCGAAGAAGGCCGCCCUCCGGAACCUGAAGUCCAGCCUGAACCGGAAGCACCCGUCACGGAGCCUGAACCGUUGCGUGUGGAUCCUGCCCAAAUUGACGAAACCCUCCAGCGGUUGCACGACGCAAAUCCUCGGAGUGGUCAGCCUGACCCGCCUGAACUGCUUGCCUUGGAAGAGCGCUGUGCAGGAAUGGGUCCCCUGAUAGAGCAGGAGCUGGAGCGUAUUGACCGGCGGCACGCGUCUCUGACGGCUGCAAGUCGGCAGCUGAAUGAUGCCUUGACCCUCUACCACAGCCUGAUGCGUGCACCUGCGCCUCCACCACCACCACCACAGGCUGCUCCACCUAUGCCUUAUGGUCCUGUUGGCGAGGGAGCUGCCUGCGGAGUGCAGGAUCCACGAGGCAACAUGGCAGCAGGCCUGCCCCCACAGAUGCCCAUGUCCCCACCUUUCUCGGGGCCCGGCAUUCCAGCGCCCAGCAUGGCCGGCCAGGGAGCGGCGGCAACACCCGUGGGCUUUCCACUGCUCUGACCCCGGGUUUCUCGUCCGGGGCAGACGAUUGAUUGCGUUCAGUGAAAUAAAUUGCUCCUCACCAGGCCACCUAUGCAGGUGACGAUAAGGUGCGCGCGGCAGUUUGGUUUCUUCGCUCGUAGCCUGAGGGUUUUUAAAAGAAUGUUUCAGACCACUUGCAAAUAAUAAACUCGUGUAUGAAUUGUC